UAUCAGGCCCAUUUUCAUCGACAAUACACUAUCAUCUUAUAUGUAAAACACAAAUGCAAAAUUUCUUUUGUGGUCACAAUUUCCUCAAAUGAGGACUAACAUUUCAAUACCGCCCAAUGGCUACAAAAACGCAAUCCUUCUCAUCCUAACUCUAAUUCUCGCCAUUCUGAUUGUUCUUCACUAUAUUCAUGACAAUUCAUCAAAGAUUAAUGCUGGUAUUUCAGGACCUCUCCAUGGAGGCAAUAACAAGUCAUCCUCGGCUUUGCAACAUGAUAAGGUGAAUGGAAUUGGAAUGAGAAGGGUAGGGAACAAAUGCAACAUGUUUAGUGGGAAAUGGGUUCCAUAUCCAAAAGGGCCUUACUACACAAACAACACUAGAUGUUAUAUUACAGAUGGACAGAAUUGUAUGAAGUUUGGGAGACCAGACACUGAGUUCAUGAAGUGGAGGUGGAGGCCAGAUGAUUGUGAGCUACCUCUAUUUGAUGCAGCUCAGUUCAUGGAGCUUGUAAGAGGGAAGUCUAUGGCCUUUGUUGGGGACUCUGUGGCAAGAAAUCAAGCUCAAUCCUUGUUGUGCCUCCUAGCCAAUGUUGCCACUGCAGUAGAAAAACCAUAUGCAAAGUACCCAAAAUCCAGAAGAUGGUUCUACCCAGAAUACAAUUUCACACUAGCACUUCUAAUGACCACUCAUCUAGUCAAAGCCCUUGGCGUCUCAUCUUCUUCCAUGAACUUAGAGCUCUACUUAGACGAGGUCGACGAGGAGUGGGCAUCCCCGGUUGAAGAUUUCGACUACGUCCUAAUCUCAUCGGGACAUUGGUUUUCGAGGCCUUUAAUGUACUAUGAAAAGGGCAAGUUCAUUGGGUGCAACACAUGUAGCGAAGAGGCUGUGAGGGUCCAAGGCAAGUACUUAGGAUACAGAAAGGUCUUUCGAACGGCGUUUAGGAUGUUUUUGGACAGUCAAAAGUUUAAGGGGACGGUGAUUUUGAGGACGAUCACUCCAACCCACUUUGAAAAAGAGGAUUCGGAAGGGAGAGGGAAUUGCGUGAGGACGAGGCCGUAUAGGAGAGAUGAAGUAAAAUUGGAUUGGAAUAUUUGGCAAUAUUAUUUGAUUCAAGUGGAGGAGUUUUGGGCGGCGAAGAGGGAGGCGGAGAAGAUAGGGAAAAAGUUCGAGUUGUUGGAUAUUACUGAAGCCAUGUCUCCGAGGCCAGAUGGUCACCCGAACCAUUAUGGGCAUGUGUUGGAAGAGAGGUUUAUGCUUUAUUCUGAUUGUCUGCAUUGGUGCUUGCCCGGACCCAUUGAUAUGUGGAAUGAGCUUUUGAUUCAAAUAAUGAUGAGGGAAGAGGGCCAAGAUGUCAUUUGAUACACGGAACGGUAGUUUAAUAAAAAGUUUUUCACGGUUUGGAUAAAUCUAUGAAGCAUUCCAAAAUGAGGAAUGAGGGCAAAGACGUCAUUUGGUAUUUGGGAAAGUAGUUUAUAGUGGCGAAAAUCAAAUUAAUUUUGGAUAAAUCUAUGAAGCAUUCCAAAUUACAAUUCAUGUGAGGCUGUUUAUAGCCAGAUGGUUGGAGAAAUACAUUUGUAUAAUUGUUUGUUUUGAGUGAUAAUAUCAGAUAAAUAGUUGGAUA